AUGGAUGUUGUAGGAUCGGUGUUACUAUUGCUUAAGUUGAGCACGGCCGUGGGGGUCAAGGUGUACAUGUUUAAAGAACAGCUACAGUGUAGGGACACCGUGUCAGACUACCGACGUCUUCAUGUUUGGAAAGGCCUGGAAAUAUUGCAUUGUUUGAGAACAUGCUUAGAUGGUCAGUUCUGUUUGUCUGCGUACUUUGAACGUGAGAAUGUGACGUGUAUUACGAAUGGGUUUGCACUUCCUGAUGGAGAAAGCACUGAUGUCACGACGUAUGCCCCUGGAUUCAGUCUAUUCACGCUGACAGGCAAUGUGGUCAACUACCCAUCCACAUGUUCUGAAGUUAAGACUCAGCUGAACGUGACCUCCGACGGGGAGUAUUGGCUGUACCCUAGGUCCUCCACCAUGUACAACAACAGAGCCAGAGUCUACUGCCGCGGCAUGAACACCACCACUCCGACCGAGUACGUGUCCCUAGCCACUGUCAAUGUCGGUGUAUACCCACGCAAACAGAACCGAUGGUGCAGAGGGGAAAGCAAUAGUGUUACAGGAGCUGGGAGACCUGGAAUAACACGAUUCUACAAAAUCCGUAUUAGACCAGAGCUUGUAACAGUAAUAACAAAUGCCAGGGGUGUUCAGAGUAAAGCUAUCCAGCUUCAGGAAGUGGCAGAGAGAUGUCGUUUCAUUGUGACGCCAUAG